AUGGGAGCUGGCGCAAGUACUCCCUCUGCAUCUGCAGAACCACCAGCAGCGACAUGUCCCGUGGACCAUAAGACUCGUGAGGUUUGGUUGCAACAACACGCCAAUUCACCUCAUCCUCCCUCCCCCGGUUCUGAUUCAGAGGCGGCUCAAACACCUGCCAAGUUACAAAGACCACUAUCAACAGACCGAGAGGUCAGCGGUAUCCCACGCGCUGGUGAAGCAGCCGGAAAAACCUGCCCCGAGGGUGAUAAACAAGUUCCGUCCGCAUACGCCUCUUCGCAAAACGCCGCAUCGCAUGGAUGUCCAUCUAAUGCCGAAAGCGAAACUGGCCGGGACGAAGCAACAGGCAAUUGGAUUUACCCAUCCGAAAAACAGUUCUUUGAAGCCUUGAUGCGUAAGGGCAAUACCCCAGGUUCUACAGCCACUGCUUCCGAACUAGCAACCUCCGUUGCCUCAAUUAUCCCCAUUCACAACGCCGUGAACGAGCGCGCCUGGAAACAGAUUCAGGAUUGGGAACAAAAGGGCCCAUCUUCGGACCCUGGAAGCAAGAAAUGUGGAGGACCUAAACUAUACUCUUUCCGUGGGCUUGGGGUUGAUCCCGAGUUCUUGAGCCCCCGUGCGCGGAUUAACGGAUGGCUAGGUUACCAGCGGCCAUUUGAUCGUCAUGACUGGGUUGUCGAGCGUUGUGGCGGAGAGCAGAUUGAAUACGUUAUUGAUUUUUACCAAGGGAAACCUUCAAUCAAUGGAGGUCAAGGUUUAACAGGAAACCCUGGCCCAGAGAAGCUCAGUUUCUUUUUGGAUGUGCGGCCAAAACUGAACUCCUAUGAAGGAUGGAGAAUGAGAUUCAAUCGCUUCGUUGGCCUUUAA